AUGUCAGGAUUAGAGAGUAAGUGUUCCAUCAAGACCGGCAAAGAAGAGCAAGCAGAGAAGAAUAAAGUCAAGAAAGCUCUGAUACAGGGAAAUAACGACAUUGCUCAGAUAUAUGCUCAAAAUGCUAUUCGCAAAGGCCAGGAGCGUUUGAACCUGCUGAGACUAGCCUCGCGCAUAGACGCUGUUGCUUCGCGAAUUCAAACUGCUGUUACCAUGAGAUCCGUUACGAACAAUAUGGCACAUGUCGUAAGAGGCAUGGACAAAGCAAUGGAGACCAUGAAUUUAGAGAAGAUUACAAUGGUUAUGGACAAAUUCGAAGAACAGUUUGAGGACCUGGAAAGUAGUACAAACUACUACGAAACUGUGUCUAACGACAUGAAUGCUGUGAGCCAGCCACAGGAUCAGGUGGAUCAGUUGAUGAGCCAAAUCGCAGAUGAGGCAGGACUGGAGUUGAAGCACAAGAUUGGUGACACCGUCGUGGAUGCGACGCCCUCGCUUCCAACCACAGAGGCCCCUAAUGAAGAAGACAAAUUAUCUGAAAGACUCCGCGCGCUUAGAAAUUGA